AUGGGGGCAAUGGGAGCUCGUGGGGUGGAGCAGGAAGCAGAGACAGAGUCCCUGGAGCCAGAGCCCAGGCGCUGGUCACUGAGGGCGUCUGGGACCUCGCUCGUCUACGAUGAGCUAUCAGCCUGCUUGAAGCCGGAUUCCACCACUUGCAAUAUGUCUUCGGGAUGUUUUCGUGAGCAGCACCUUUGCCAAACCUUUAUAGAUCAGUUACAAAACAGAAACUGUUCCUUACUGAUCAAAACUGAAGACCUCAGCGAUUCCUUGCAGCCACAACUAUCACACAGGCCGUGCCACUUGUCUCAAGGACCUGCCAUGAUGUCAGGAAACCAGAUGCCUGGGGACAUGGCUUCUCUCCAUCCUCUCCAGCAACUUGUACUGGUUCCCAGUCACUUGCAGUCUGUGUCGCAGUUCCUGCUGUCUCAGUCUCAGUCUGGGCAACAAGGUCUACAGUCAAAUCUUCUCCCAUUUCCUCAGCAACAAAGCAGCUUCCUCCUCCCACAGACUGGACCUGGCCUGGCAUCUCAGGCAGUUGGUCGCCCUGGGCUACCAGGAUCAUCUUUAGAUUCCCAUCUGGAUGUGUCACAACAUAUUCAGGUCUCCAAACAUUUGCCCAACUCUGGAGGGCCAGAUGAACCCAGUGACCUGGAGGAAUUAGAAAAGUUUGCCAAGACCUUCAAGCAGAGGCGCAUCAAGCUCGGCUUCACUCAGGGUGAUGUAGGGCUGGCAAUGGGGAAGCUAUAUGGCAAUGACUUCAGCCAGACCACCAUCUCCCGAUUCGAAGCCCUCAACCUGAGCUUCAAGAACAUGUGUAAACUCAAACCACUCCUGGAAAAGUGGCUCAAUGAUGCAGAAUCCUCUCCUUCAGACUCCACUGUGAACACCCCCAGCUCUUACCCUUCCCUCAGUGAGGUUUUUGGUCGGAAAAGGAAGAAGAGGACCAGCAUCGAGACUAAUAUCCGCUUGACUCUGGAAAAGAGAUUUCAAGAUAACCCCAAGCCCAGCUCUGAGGAGAUCUCCUUAAUUGCUGAACAGCUCUCCAUGGAGAAGGAGGUGGUUCGGGUCUGGUUCUGCAAUCGGCGUCAGAAAGAAAAGCGAAUCAACUGCCCCAUGGCCACCCCCAUGAAGUCACCCAUCUACAACUCAAGGCUGGUCUCUACUACGGGGUCUCUUGGUCCCCUCUCUGUCACUCCUGUUCACAGCACCAUGCCUGGAGCAGUAACGUCAUCCUGUUCCCCUGGGAACAACAGCAGACCUUCGUCUCCGGGCUCAGGACUCCAUGCCAGCAGCCCCAGUGUAUCUCAGAAUCACUCAAAAGCAACAGUGAACUCCAGUUUUAACUCCUCUGGAUCUUGGUACCGAUGGAAUCAUCCCACCUACCUCCAUUGAAACCAGAGAAUCUCUGCCACUGCACCUGACCCCGUUUCCCUUGUUGCAUGGAGGGAAGUCUCUCUCUUGCCUUUGGAUUAUGGACCAACUUCUUUAAGAAGAGGAGAGGAGACUCCCCUGUCAACAAGCCCAAAGUCUUGCCUUCUUCAGUAGCAAGAGGCUCAAGAGAUUCAAACUGUGAUUGCACCAUGUGUUGACUCUUAAUACUAUUGAAAUAUAAAUCUACCCCCAACCCACCCCCUAGGAGUUUGCCAAUCUCACCUUCCCUUCCUGGGAUCUUCUCAUAUAGUUCCAAACACCCAAGAUGAUUUCUCAUGCCUUGGUCUUUUGGAAGAAGGAGGCCUUGGUCUUUCCUUCAUAGCUCAAAGGAGGGCUUCUCAUGAGAACAGUCUACCUAGCAUACCACACCA